CGGGGCGCGGCGGCGGGCCCGGGACUCUAUUUCCCGGCGGGCGGCGCGGGCCCGGCGGCAGGAGCGGGGAAGCCGGUUACCGUCGAGAUGGCGGUCGAUAAGGACCUGCUGCAGCUGGACCUGUACGGCCUGCUGGGGGUCGGCGAGAAGGCGUCGGAGAAGGAGGUUAAGAAAGCGUACCGGCAGAAGGCUCUGACUUGUCACCCAGAUAAGAACCCAGACAAUCCCAGAGCAGCGGAAGUCUUCCACCAACUGUCUCAAGCCUUAGCCGUGCUAACAGAUGCAGCAGCGAGGGCGGCGUAUGACAAAGUGAGAAAGGCUAAGAAGCAAGCUGCAGAAAGGACACAAAAGCUUGAUGAGAAGCGAAAGAAAGUAAAGCUUGAUCUCGAAGCUAGAGAACGAGAAGCCCAGACCCAUGAGAGUGAAGAGGAGGAGAUCAGGAUAACGAGAUCAUUAGAACAAGAAAUAAUACGCCUGCGUGAAGAAGGCUCCCGUCAGCUUGAGGAGCAGCAGAGACUCAUUCAAGAACAGAUCCGGCUUGAAAGAGAGCAGCACAUCCACGGCAAGCAAGAAAGAAAUGGAGCAGAAGGCAAAAUAACUCCUAAACUCAAACUAAAAUGGAAAUGCAGGAAAGAAGAUGAGACGAGAGGGGGAUACUCUAAAGAUGUUCUGUUGCAGAUCCUGCAAAAGUAUGGCGAUGUGCUCAAUUUGUUGAUCUCAAGUAGGAAGACUGGGAGUGCAGUCGUGGAAUUUGCUACCGUUAAGGCUGCUGAGAUGGCUGUGAAGAAUGAAGUUGGCCUGAUAAAUAAUCCUCUAAAGAUUUCCUGGCUGGAGGGUCAGCCCCGGAACAAUCCCAGCACUGUCCUUUUUGACAGCACUAGUCAGCCUAGGACUUCACAGGCGUCGGUGGUAUCGGAACGGGAUUACGAGAGCCUGGUGAUGAUGCGGAUGCGCCAAGCGGCAGAGAGGCAGCAGCUCAUUGAGCAGCUCAAGCGGGAGGACGAGGAAGAGUCUCACACCUAGCAUGAGAGAGUACGGACUCUCGGUGACUGCAGAGUUCCCUUAUCCCUUUCCAGAGUGGAGGGGAAAAAUGGCUGCAUAAGCUUCAGAGUGGGUGUAUUAACCUGUCGGU